UCUACCACUCUACUAAGACGCACGCAUCCAGCAUGCAAGGCACGACGUUCGCUCUACAGGGGCCGUGGCACAUGGCACAGGGUAUGCCAUCUCAGGCACAUCACAGUAAGCUCAGCUUUCGAGAUUCAAAGAUUCAGAUCUCGGACUUUGCUGUUCUUCCUCACCCUUGCCCUUGCCUUUCUUCUAGUUUCUCUCUUCCAUAGAUCUUUGGGUAGAAAGGACAGGGGAGACCCUUUGCGCUGGGUUUGGGGGCUGAUGUAAUACUCAACCCACGACAGCCACGAGGGAACCUACACAUCUACGGAUGGUGGGAGGGUUUUUCUAUCGAGAUAUCCGUACGUAUGUACGUGCCUGUAAUAUCCAAUCGCUCGGGUAGGUGUGUUCCUGGCCUUCGGGGUUUGGGGUUUACCUAUCCCCGUGGGUAUAGAUAUAAGCAUGCAUGUAUUGAUGUGCUGAUGAUUGACGUCGUGGCACUUUGCAGCCAGGCACAGGCACAGGCACAGGCCGGCCGACCGACCGACCGAGUGAGUGGUUGGAUGGAUGGUGCCAAUGGUGGUACAUAUAUACAUAUACACGUCCAUGCGGCGCGUUCGCGAUAGGCGUGUGGAUAUAGUGGGUUG